UCGAGUCCAUCAGAUUCUCGUCUUUGAGCAAACAACGUGCUCAUCAUCAGCACCAUGUGUGUAUCAUUAACCCACAAGGCUGACGUGGCGCCAAAGGUUUUUCAUUUUUAUUAUUAUUAUAAUAUUAUUAUUAUUUUUUGGGAGGGGGGAGAGGGGGGCGUAUGACAGGAAGAUGGGGAUAUGGUGAGGAGAGGGGGAUAUAAAGAGGAGGAGGAGGAUGUGGACGAGGAGGAUGACGAGGAUAGCGAGGAGGAGGAGGAGGAGGAGCAGAGAUGGGGGAGGAGAAGAGAUGGAUGGAGGGAAAAGAGGAAGGGCAGGAGGAGGAGGAGUGGGAGCCUGGGAGGAGCAGGGGACAUGGACGGCGAGGAAGGCGAAGACACGAGGAAGGUAAGGAGGGGAGGAGGCAUGGAAGAUGAGGAAGUACGAGGAGGAGGAGGAGACGAGGAGGAUGAGGAAGGGCAGGAGGAGGACAAACAGGAGGAGGACGACAAAUUGGAGGAGACGAAAAGGAGAAGGGAGCAGGAGACAUGGAGGACGGUGAAGGGGAGGAGGAGCAAGGGGAGGCAGCACUCUGCAAUUUUUUUUUCAUCCCGCUUAUAAUUUUGGCGCGGGGCCUCGAACGC